AAGAAAAUACAGUGCCGACGGGAGCCGACGCCAAGCUGCUGUUUGUUUGUUUGUUUGUUUGUUUGUUUGUGUGUGUCCUGCAGUUACCCUCAGAGCUCAGAGACCUGAGCUCAUCAUCAUCAUCAUCAUCAGUUCAGUUACCUGACACUGUUAACAGGAGAUGUGACAUCAUGACUGACAGCAGUGUGAGCCAAUCGGAGGGCUGCUCACUAGUGGUCGGACAGGUGUGUCGGCGGGGCCUCUACUGCACAGAUUCUGGCUCCAAAUGACCAGAAUCACCACCAGAGCAAGAUGGCGGUGGCCAUGUCCAAAGUUUGGCUUCAUUGUGGGGACAAAAUGGAGACAUGUCGGCCAUCUUUAUUUACAGUCUGUGAUGUCACAGCGAUGUGUCAACCUCACCGCCGAAUCAGAGACUCACACUGUCCUGCGGUCCUCCUAAAUAAACAGAACUGUUAACGUUCAUAUUUCUCCAAUAUGGCGGUGACAUUGACGUCCGAUCCAGCAGCCAAUCAGACGUUUGUCUCCGCCCACAGACCAAAGAGGAGUAGUCUCAGAUCACCUGUCAGGUGAUGGGUCAGAUUGGCUGGAGGCGGGAAGAAAUCAAGGACAGACGGAACAAGCUCCUCCUGGAUGUGUUGGAGAGCGUCAACCUGUUCCUGUCCCCGCAAGGUAACUGUCCUCACACAUGUCAACCUGUUCCUGUCCCCGCAAGGUAACUGUCCUCACACAUGUCAACUGCUCCUGUCUCUGCAAGGUAACUGUCCUCACACAUGUCAACCUGUUCCUGUCCCCGCAAGGUAACUGUCCUCACACAUGUCAACUGCUCCUGUCUCUGCAAGGUAACUGUCCUCACACAUGUCAACUGCUCCUGUCCCCGCAAGGUAACUGUCCUCACACAUGUCAACUGCUCCUGUCCCCGCAAGGUAACUGUCCUCACACAUGUCAACUGCUCCUGUCUCCGCAAGGUCAGGUGCUCAGCGCUCACUUGUCGGGGCAUGUGGUGAUGAAGAGUUACCUGAGCGGGAUGCCAGAGUGUAAAGUUCUGGAUGAACGACAAGAUCGUCAUCGACAAGCAGAGCAAAGGAGGAAGUUCAGAGGACGUAGGCAAAAGGCUCCCUCAGGUCUGAAGGUGUUCGAGCCAGAACUCAACUACAGCGACCAUGAUGUCAUCAGAUGGGUUUGUUACAUCAGAUGGAGUGGCAUCUACGAGACACGCUGCUGACCGCCACCACACGCCUCGUGACAUCAUCGUUAUUAUAGACCAGUGUGUGUGUGUGUGUGUGUUUGUUCAGUAUUUGAUCAGGGGGUGGAGCUUUGUAUGGGGACACAGAUCAGCCAAUCACAUUCCAGACAGUUCUCCAGCUAAUGUCAUAGUUCAUCACAAACACUGCACAGUCGGUAUCAGACAGAAACCUCAUUGACACUUCAUAAUGUGUCCACUGCCACAUGAUGAGGGUUAGUGUUUAAAUGAAUCAUUCACAGCAGAGAUGGAGCGCUUUACUACAUUACUCCACUUACUCUUAAAUAUGAUCCAGAAAUAUAUUCUCCCUAAAAGUCAAGUGACUCUGACAAUACUGACACGUGUUUAAAACUGUCCAACAACAUUACAGAGUGUUAAACUGGUCACAGUAAGAGAAACCUCCUCAGUCUGCUGAGGGUUAAUGAUGAUCACAUGAGGACACUUGUUAGUCUGAUCCAGUGAAUGAGAGGGAGGACUGUCUCUGCAGGAUCCUUCCUUGACUCUGAGAAACACCCGGGUCCUACAUUUCCCAUGAUGUCUUUGUGCUUACCCAGCAUGCCUCACUUCAGACACCUUAAACCUGUUGGUCCUUUGUUGUUAUUGUUGUUAUAUUUUUACAGAUUUGUAUCCUGAUGUUUGAAUAGUCGUUUUUUUUCCAAAUGUUUUUUCUUAAUAAAAUGAUUUUGACAGACGAA